CCCAAACCAUAGUUAGGAACGCGUCACAUAGGAACUCCCGGUGGGCGGUGCGAAUCCCCUUUCUGUUCGGUUUGUUCAAUCGUUCCGUCCACGACGAAAGGCGGCGCCGCAAAAGCCGUGCGUCUGUUUGGUGCGGUCCGGUCCGGUCUGUAAUCCGCGCUGCCGUCCGGUCCGGUCUGUAAUCCGCGGCGAUAAAACCCAAUCCCCCGCCGCCCCAGUAUCAAUCGCGGCAGCAUGGAGUCGGGAGGCAGAUCAGAAGCAAAGCCAGACGAGGAAGGGCCGGGUCCGGCGGGAAGCAGCGGCGGCGGCAGCAAGGUGUACCACGAGAGGCAGAGGAUGCAGUUCUGCCUCCUCCACGCCCUCAACAACCUUAUGCAGGAAAAAGAAUCUUUCACCCGAGCUGAGCUGGAUGGUAUUGCUGAAAAUCUUGUUCUUAAUGGUCCAAACAAGGACAAAUGGACUCCUCUAUCAUUCAUAUGGAAGCCCCACCACAAUGCGUUAACCGGGAACUAUGAUGUAAAUGUUCUUAUCGCGGCGGUAGAAUCUAGAAAGAAGAAGGUGGUUUGGCAUGAUCAUCGGAAGGGGGCAUCUUCGAUAGAUCUGGAUGCUGAAGCGCUGGUGGGUCUGAUGAUCAAUGUACCCGUCAGGAGGUUUAGGGGUCUGUGGACCGGGAGGCAUUGGGUGGCAAUUCGAAGCAUUGAUGGCGUCUGGUUUAAUUUGGACAGCGAUCUUCCGUCGGCCGAGCCAUUUCAAUGCAAAGAAAGACUAAUUGCGUUCCUGGGCAGCGUUCUCAGUCAAGGCGGAGAGCUCAUGCUCGUGCUCCAAGACGAAUGAUUGCGCUGCUUAAGAUCUCGAGAGGCUACAGCGAAUGGCUUCUCCUCCGUGAUUUACCCCUUACCCAUGUUUCUGAAUUGACAAUGAGAUCCUUUGCGUCUGCAACUUUCAAUCCUUGUGAGAAUCAUGGCGCGCCUAUAGGAAUUCAGAUACAUAGAAUGAUAGAAGUUUUCCCUUUUCUGAGAUUGUGUAUGCAGAGCUUAGGAAAGGAGAAUUUGUUCUGGCAGUGUAUAUGCCUUUUUGUCUUUUUGUAACUGAAGUGUAUAUGCUUGUGGGAAAACUAUUUUGUCGAUUUGAUGUGUACAUUACAUCUUGAACCA